UGACAGCAGUAGACCAACGAAGCUCACUUUAGUGAAAAGCGGCUGACAUUUAUUUUCACAUUUAUGUAACGUUUAUUAUUUAUGCAGAUAAAACAUAUUUUGGUAGAAACUUUUGAAAAUACGUUUUUUGACAACUUUGUUAAUUUUUUGAUAAUUAAAUUUUUAACAAUGUUUUGGUCCGUCAUCUGCGCAACUUUUCUCAUUUCUCCUUUAGUUUGCGAGGCAAGAACCAAGCGAUAUGUCAUCGGCUGUCCAGAUAAAUGUGACAAAUCUCUAUGUCCCCCGAUCCCUGCGGACUGCCUGGCCGGCGACAUACUUGACCAAUGCGACUGUUGUCCGGUCUGUGCGUCCGAAGAGGGUGAGGCAUGCGGCGGCACGGGGAGAUUAGGGGACCCGGAGUGCGGAGAGGGCAUGGAAUGCUCGAUCACGGACGGAAUUGGGGUGUCCGCCACAGUGAGGCGUCGGGGCAAAAGCGGUGUGUGCGUCUGUAAAGGUUCGGACCCGGUGUGCGGCAGUGACGGGGUGUCCUACCAAAACAUCUGCGAACUGAAGAGAGUGAGUAAUCGGGCUCUGAAGCUGCAGCAGCCACCAGUCAUCUUCAUACAGAGAGGAACCUGUGGCAAAGGCCAGGAGAAUCCAGACAGUCUGCGCCACAGAUACAACUUUAUCGCUGAUGUGGUUGAGAAGAUUGCUCCUGCUGUGGUUCAUAUUGAACUGUACCGAAAGAUGGUGUUCUCUAAGCGGGAGGUGGCAGUGGCCAGCGGCUCUGGCUUCGUGGUGUCGGAGGACGGCCUGAUCGUGACCAAUGCCCACGUGGUGGCCAAUAAGCACCGGGUGAAGGUGGAGCUGAAGAGUGGCGCCACCUUCGACGCCAAGAUUAAAGAUGUGGACGAGAAGGCCGACAUCGCCCUCAUCAAGAUCGACGUCCCGAUGAAGCUGCCGGUGCUGCUGCUGGGUCGUUCAGCUGACCUGAGGCCUGGUGAGUUUGUGGUGGCCAUCGGCAGCCCCUUCUCCCUGCAGAACACGGUCACCACAGGUGUCGUCAGCACCACCCAGAGAGGAGGCAAGGAGCUGGGCCUGAGGAACUCUGAUAUGGAUUACAUCCAGACGGACGCUAUCAUCAACUAUGGGAACUCUGGCGGACCACUGGUCAAUCUGGACGGAGAGGUGAUUGGGAUCAACACACUGAAGGUGACAGCAGGAAUCUCCUUCGCCAUCCCCUCAGACAAGAUCCGUCAGUUCCUGGCAGAGUCCCAUGACAGACAAUCUAAAGGUACAGAUUACCAAUCUAAAGGUAAAUUAUCAUCAAGUAAGAAAUAUAUUGGUGUGAGGAUGAUGACUCUCACUCCAAUGCUUGCAAAGGAGCUGAAGGAGAGACAAUCAGACUUCCCCGAUGUUACCUCAGGGGCAUACGUCAUCGAGGUCAUCCCAAAAACACCAGCUGAGACAGGUGGCCUGCAGGAGAGUGAUGUCAUAAUCACCAUCAACAGCCAGCGAAUCACCUCGGCCAGUGAUGUCAGCAGCUCCAUCAAGAGGGAAGACACGAUGCGGAUGGUAGUCCGGCGGGGAAACGAGGACAUCAUGCUCACCGUCGUCCCAGAGGAGAUUGACCCUUGACCUCUCAGCAACCACGAACUGGUUCUCAGUGUUGAAAACCACGGACCUUAAACCAGGUGUGUCUGGAGCCACACCCUACCUUAGAACCUGUAACUACUAGUGUGUGUGUCUCCCCCACCCACCUCAAACUACCGAGGCCUGAGAGGCCCACACCUAACCCACUGGGAGCUCAAACACGUCCAGGGCAAUAAAGACAUAUUUUAGCAUC